ACAAGAGCAGUUGAAAAAAAAUACCGUCUGGCAAAGAAAAAUUAUUAUUUGUAAGGUGUUAUAAGUAAAGCAAGAACUUUUUCACAUAAAACAAACUUAUAAAAAAAAUAUGGUAUAUUAAAAAUCAAUAUACAAUAAUAUAUGUAUAGGUAACAUGGCAGAGUUUUCUGUUCUUUUUCGUAAAAAAAACGAAGAUGACUCGGGCUCCGACGUGCCUUCAUGUUCGCGACGUCGACUUGUAUUUUAUGAAAAUUCUUCGGAUGACGAACAAGUAAAACGAUACCCAUCAAAAUCUGAGACUAAAACCCUGCAAAAACCCUCAGUUAACAAAAUUUCUAAUUUGAAAAGCGAAUAUAGGCACCACGGCCUACCUCGAUGUCCAGUUUGCAGAGAGAUAUUAGAGUCAAAAGUACAAAAAGUUUUUAACAUGCCUGCAAGUUCAGACGUAUAUUUUCCGUUCUUAGACACCGGCGAGCAUGAAGUUGGAAAAAUGCCAACUAAAGUAAAAAUUUGCUACCCGUGUUAUGAACACCUGUUAUAUCAAUGGAGAGAGUACAAUAUGUUACAAAUACCACACAAAAAAAGAAAAUACCAUGAUAGACAAGGAAUUCUGAUUAAAUCAACAAAUGAAUUCAGAAAAGAAAUAGAAAAACGGUCUCUAAAUGAAAUAUCCGAGAGCGCGAUUGAAAACGAAGUUCGUGGAAUAAACAGAAAACUUGAUGAGAAAAAAGAAAACGAGCUGAGAAAGAGAGAAGAGGAACUUUUACGUCGAGAAAGAGAACUUUUAUUUAAAGAAGAGCAACAUAGGCGGAAUGCUAACACUAAACAUAAUAAAGAAAAUUUAGACAAUUCACUUAACAGUAUAUCAAGUUUAACAUUACAAAACGAUACGCAAAAAAAAAGUUUAAACCAAAACGAAACAAAAAUUGAUGAUAUUAAUUUUAUUAUGAAAGACAUUCAUUCUCAAUUAGAACGCAUUGAGUUAAACUCAAAUGCAAGUAUAGAAAUAGCUAAGCAAGAAAUCGAAAAAUCAAUCAAAACAUACACGGAUAGAAUAGAAGAUCAAAUGCACGAACUCAGGGUGGAAAAUGAAACGGUUCGAAAGCAAGUAAAGCGUAUGCGUAAAGAUAUUGCAGACCUAAUUGACAAUGUUGCCCCAGGAAUAGAAGAACACUAUGAAAAAAAAAGUAGUAUUAAAAAUAAAAACACAAAGUUCUCAAUCCCUUAAAUACUUUAAUUUAGUUCAGCUGUUUUAAAUAUAUAAUUUGUGUACUCUAUAAUACUUUGUUGGUAAAAUUAUUUAUCUGUUU